AUGAAGUUCGCCAUCGCCCUCGCUGCUCUCGUCUCCCUGGCCGCCGCCAAUACGGCCCCGGCCCUUCCGGUCCCCAAGUGCUCCGAGAGCUGCAUCAGGCAGGCCAUGAAAGACAACGGAUGCAAGCUCAAUGUCGAGUGCGCCUGCCAAAAGUUUAACGAGCUCAAGACGGCCGCCACGCCCUGCGUCAUCAAAGCGUGCGGCCAGGAAAAGGCAAUUAAGGAGGUACUUCCGGCCGUCAAGAAGAUGUGCAACAAGUAG